UGAAAGCAAGUAUCAAAAGAUUAAAUGUUUUUUGUUCUUAUUCCUUCAACAAAUUCAACUUAAACAACAAAUCAGGAAACACUACAAAAACAAGAAACAUGGAUGACAAGCGACUCAACGAACUUCUCAAAUGGAGUAUUGAGCAAUCAGAUGCCACCAGAAAUGACCCUGAUGCCUCAGCUCCCACCACACAACUCACCCCAGAACUCAUGGCAUCGCUCAUGGGCGGUCCCUCCGAUGCCGACCUGAUGAAGGCUUCUAUGGACAUAAUCACAUCAGACGACACUGAGCAGGUCUCUCUUGACGACAAACUCAUCGCAUUUGACAACUUUGAGCAGCUCAUUGAGGGUCUUGACAAUGCAAACAACAUCGCAAAUCUCAGCCUGUGGACCCCACUACUCGAUCAGCUCAAGCAUGACGAGCGAGAGAUGCGCAAGAUGGCGGCCUGGUGUGUGGGAACCGCUGUACAGAACAACGAGCGCACACAGGAACGUUUGCUCGCCAUGGGAGGACUUCCACUACUUGUAAACCUAGCGACCCAGGAGGAUGAGCAUAACGAUGUUCGUCGCAAGGCUGUGUAUGCGCUGAGCUCAGCGGUGCGCAACUACCAACCAGCCAUGGAUCUCUUCGCCGACGAGUUGACCAAGAGGGGUCACAAGACCGACAAGGUCGAUGCUACAAGUAUGGAGGCUGUCGACGAGGUUGUCAACGGAUUGCGCGAGAAGAUUGGCAAGGCUUGAGAAAUUUUGGUGGGAUCAACAUCAAAGCAUAACGAACGGGUGCAUUGGGACGGAGUUGGGCGUUGGACUGAAGCACAUGUCGUGAGGUCAAGAUAGAUGAAGAAACCGGAUGGUAACAAAAAUGGAAUGG